GUGGAGGGAGUCACUUCUGAGAUCUUUGGUCAGUCAGACGGCAGAACUUCCGGUCGGCAUUUUGUUCUACGAGAGGGGAGCCUCUUGAUCGCAACAUUCGUCAUAUUUCGCGUUUUAAGUCGAAAAGAGCCGCCAGUGUCGACAUAGACACACUGAAACUCCGAAGAACGAAUGUUUCCCAUUUGUUGUUUGCCGAAACAUUCACCUUUGAGUGUCGGAAGAAGGAAUCAGUCCGACUCGGAUUAUUGUUGAUAGCUAGCAGGCUAGUUUAGCAGCUAGCUGGCAGAGCCAGUCGAGUUCCUGCUGGAGGAUCUGCGAGAGAGAAGAAAGGGGGAGCUAGAGAUACAGACGCGGACACAAACCAAGCUAAAACAUUCCCCUCCCUUUGAACGCAACAUCCGAAGAUUAAAGAAGUAGGAUUUUAUUUAUAUGACAUGUCUGUGAGUCCAAAUGUGACUGCAAAGAUUUCUCCAAGAAGGUGUCAGGAAAUGUGAGGACAGGUGCUUUCCAUUAACCCCCUGAUCUACCUGUGUAUCAACACACUCCCCCACCCUCACCUUCAGCAUGAAUGGGGAUAUGCCUCAUGUUCCCAUUACCACUCUUGCUGGAAUAGCGAGCUUAACAGACUUGUUGAACCAACUACCCUUACCCUCCCCUCUCCCUGCCACCACCACUAAGAGCCUCCUAUACAAUGGGAGAAUCGCAGAGGAGGUCACCUGUCUGCUGGGGUGUCGGGAUGAGAAUCUGGCAACACAGCUAGCCCAUAGCCUCAACCAGGUCUCCACUGAGCAUAUAGAGCUAAAAGACAACCUAGGUAGUGAUGAGCCAGAGGGCGACGCACCGCUGUUGCUGCAGACCAUGCUGGCCAGGAACCCUGGCAUCUUCAGGGAGAAAAAUGUUAUGCAGCAACAGAUGGUACCACCGUUCAAAAUCACCCAGAAUUCCAUGCACAGUCCUGCUCAAUCAACAAACUUCCAGCCUUCAAUUUCUUCAAGUCCAUCAAGUCGGUUUGUGGCACCGCCAAGUGGGUCCACUAGUCGGUACAUAGGUCAACACAACAGUCCAGUACCCAGUCCCUACACUCCCCAAAGCCCUGCCACGGGUUACAUCCAGCAGUAUCCUCACCAACAACCGCCUAGUUAUAACCAACACCAACAGAUACAACCAGUGGCUGUAUCCAGUCCCAUGGUUCCAGGCGGCAUAAGAAAUAUCCAUGAGGUCAAAGCAACAGGGCAAAUGGCCAAUGCUGCCAACCACCAUUCAGACAGACACGGCACUGAAGACUACCUUAAUAUUGUACAACGGCUGGGCAGUGAAGAGGGUGACUCUACCAUGAGGAACCCUUCUUUUCCUCUGAGGUCUCCGCAGUCUGGUUGCUCCCCAGCAGGAAGUGAAGGAACUCCCAAAGCUGGUUCACGUCCUCCACUGAUUAUGCAGUCACCUCCUCCUUAUGCAGCCUCACCAAGGGAGGGAGCACCUGACCUGAAACAGCAUAUACAUCAAAGGAUGAUGACCAAAGUAAAAGAGGAGAAGGACAUGUACGACAUCGUCAGCUCUCCAAACAAGGACUCAAGAAAACUCACUCUUAAACUGUCCCGGGUCAAAUCAAAUGAGUCGGAUCCCCCUGGUGACAAUGCAUCAGGCAUGGAACAGAACACGGACAACAUGGAAGCGGAGCAGGGCUACCAACAGGUUCCUGUUCUACAGCAAAAUGUAGCAGCACGGCUGCAACAACUGCCACUCCCUCACCAAGCAGGCAGUGGAGGUGGGCUUCAACCACCCAGUUCACCAUACGAUGAAGCAGAGCUUGACGCCCUCGCUGAAAUUGAGAGGAUAGAACGAGAAGCAGCAAGUGAAAAGUGCUCCAAGGAAGUCCAGGAUAAAGACAAGCCACUUAAGAAAAGAAAACAGGACUCCUUUCCUUUGGAGCCUGGAGCUGGUGGACCAGGUGGCCCUACAGGUGCACCAGGAAGUGGAGCAACGGGUGGGGGCAGUGAUUGCAAACUAACACCGAAAGAGGCCACUGCAGCCGGGAAUGGUGCCAGCCGACCGCCCCUUAUGGUGAGCAUCGACCUCCAGCAGGCAGGCCAAACUGAUCGUCAGCUCGACACCUGUCUGGUGGCCCCUAUUGCAGUCCUUGAAGCCCAAUGCUGGCCUGGAGAACCAGCGAGUGGGUCAGCUGCUGUCGAGAGCUCUGACACGGCUUUGCAGUAUAAACCUGAUGGGGGACCUGAAGUCAUCAAAAAUAGGGUUGAUAAACAUGACAGUAGGAGAGAUGGAUGGGAGUCAUCAAAGCACCAGCAUGAUGAUAGGUCCUCAGACAGAGGGGGAGAAAUGCCAAAGUCAUCAAACCGUCAAGAACAUGGACAAGACAGAGACAGGGAUCGAGAAUCUGAGAAUGGAAGUCGAGUCAGAACUGACAGAGAUAGGUCGGGUUUCCGGGAUUCCUCCUCUGGAGAGCCUGGUUGGAGCAACAAUAGGCAAGAUGGCUCCAAAGCGUCUGCUACUGGUGUUCAACUUCCAGAUUCAUUUCCUGCUCACCUCCUGGGAGGGCAUAGUGGUGCUCUGAAGAACUUCCAGAUCCCUAAGAUCCAGCGAGACAAGGACAGCAGUGGGACAAGUGAGAGUCAGCCAUGGUGUCAGCCCAAAGUCAAAUUGGAGAGGCUGGGUUUGGUGAAGGACUUUGAGAAGAGGCCUAAACCUGUAGUGGUUCUGAAAAAGCUUUCAGUUGACCAAAUUCAGCGGCUCCUCCGACACAGCAGGUCUGGGAAGAACAGGGUCUCCUCAGGAAAGUCCAGCAAAAGCGGUAUGGACCCAGCAGUUCUGAAUGAAUUACCUCCAGAGCUCCUGGCAGAGAUCGAGUCAACGAUGCCACUGUGUGAAAGAGUGAAGAUGAACAAGAGGAAACGAAGCACUGUAAAUGAAAAACCCAAAUAUGCUGAGGUCAGCUCUGAUGAAGAACGCGAUGCUAACGGAGAAUCUGCAAGGAAGCGACAACGCCGAGACAAAGAUCGUUCUUGGGAGUUCGAAGAACGGGAGCGACGAGGUUCAGGGGAACAUCGAAAAAGUGGUCAACGUGAUGGGCGACGAGGCUCUGGCAGUCGUUACAGAGAUUCAUCGGAAGACGAUUCACCACCUCCAAGCAUGAGUGAAGUUGCCAGAAAAAUGAAGAUGAAGGAGAAGCAAAAGAAAAGGAAGGCAUAUGAACCAAAGUUAACCCAGGAAGAGUUGAUGGACUCAUCCACGUUUAAAAGAUUCUUGACGAGCAUCGACAACAUACUGGAGAAUCUAGAGGAUGUGGAUUUUACUGCUAUGGCGGGUGAUGAUGAUGAGAUACCUCAGGAACUUCUGCUUGGGAAACACCAAUUAAAUGAACUUGGCAGCGAGUCUGCCAAGAUUAAAGCCAUGGGCAUUUCUAACAGGAUUCCAUCAGAUAAACUUGUCAAGCUGUUAAACAUACUGGAGAAGAAUAUCCAGGAUGGGGCCAAACUUUCCACCUUAAUGAAUCAUGACCAUGAUGCCGAGGAUGAGGAGAGACUCUGGAGAGACCUGAUAAUGGAGAGAGUGACAAAGUCAGCGGAUGCCUGUCUGACAGCCCUCAACAUCAUGACCUCAGGGCAUAUGCCCAAGGCUGUCUACAUAGAGGAUGUCAUAGAGCGGGUGCUGCAAUACACCAAGUUCCAUCUCCAGAACAGCUUGUAUCCACAGUAUGACCCAGUAUACCGGGUGGACCCUCAUGGAGGUGGCUUGUUGAGCUCCAAGGCAAAGCGUGCUAAAUGCUCCACACACAAACAGCGAGUUAUUGUCAUGUUGUACAACAAAGUCUGUGACAUUGUCAGCAACAUUUCUGAGCUCCUAGAGAUCCAGCUACUCACUGACACCACCAUCCUCCAGGUUUCUUCUAUGGGAAUCACUCCUUUUUUUGUGGAGAAUGUCAGUGAACUGCAGCUGUGUGCAAUUAAACUAGUGACUGCUGUGUUCUCACGUUAUGAGAAGCACCGGCAGCUUAUCUUGGAGGAGAUUUUUACAUCUUUGGCGAGACUGCCCACCAGCAAACGCUCCCUCAGGAAUUUUAGGUUGAACAGUUCUGACCAAGACGGUGAGCCGAUGUACAUCCAGAUGGUGACAGCUUUGGUGCUGCAGCUCAUCCAGUGUGUAGUCCACCUUCCCAGUGUUAAAGAAACAUUUGAAGAAAAUGACACAAAGGUUGAUCAAGAUGUGUUAAUAACCAACUCGUAUGAAACUGCAAUGAGAACAGCACAAAACUUCCUUUCAGUCUUUCUCAAGAAGUGUGGCAGUAAGCAGGGAGAAGAAGACUACCGCCCGUUGUUUGAGAACUUUGUCCAGGACCUACUCUCCACAGUAAAUAAACCGGAGUGGCCUGCAGCAGAACUACUACUCAGUCUGCUUGGUAGACUGCUAGUUCAUCAGUUCAGUAACAAACAAACAGAGAUGGCUCUGAGAGUAGCAUCUUUAGACUACCUGGGAACAGUAGCUGCUCGUCUGAGGAAGGAUUCAGUCACCAGUAGGAUGGACCAGCGAUCAAUUGAUCGCAUAUUAAAUGAGUCAUCUGGUAACGAUGAGACGCAGCAGUUGCAGAAGGCUCUGCUGGACUAUUUGGAGGAAAAUGCUGAGACAGAUGCUUCUUUAGUGUUUGCAAGAAAGUUCUACAUUGCCCAGUGGUUUCGAGAUGCCACUACAGAGGCAGAGAAAUCCAUGCGAAAUCAAAAUUCCAAGGAUGAAGACUCGUCAGAUGGACCCCAACAUGCCAAGGAGUUGGAAAGCACUGGUGAAAUUAUGCAGCGUGCUGAGAAGCGCAAGAAGUUCCUGCACAACAUCAUUAAGACCACACCGUCUCAUUUCACAACACUGAAAAUGAACUCUGACACUGUGGACUAUCAGGACUCCUGUCUGAUUGUGCGUUACUUGGCCUCCAUGAGGCCGUUCGCCCAGAGCUUUGAUAUUUAUUUAACACAGAUCUUGCGAGUCCUUGGUGAAAGUGCCAUUGCUGUAAGGACUAAAGCCAUGAAAUGUCUGUCAGAAGUGGUGGCUGUUGACCCCAGCAUACUGGCAAGAUCGGACAUGCAGCGUGGCGUCCAUGGUCGUUUGAUGGACAACUCCACCAGUGUUAGAGAGGCAGCCGUCGAGCUAUUAGGCAGAUUUGUCCUGAGUCGACCCCAACUGACUGAACAGUACUACGACAUGCUUAUUGAGAGGAUUCUGGACACCGGUAUCAGUGUACGAAAACGAGUGAUCAAGAUCCUCAGAGACAUCUGUCUGGAGCAACCCACAUUCAGUAAGAUCACCGAGAUGUGUGUAAGGAUGAUCCGCAGGGUCAAUGACGAAGAAGGUAUCAAGAAACUGGUGAAUGAGACAUUCCAGAAGCUGUGGUUCACUCCAACUCCAGCCCAUGACAAAGAGACCAUGACCAGAAAGAUUCUGAACAUCACUGAUGUGGUGGCAGCGUGUCGAGACACCGGCUACGACUGGUUUGAGCAACUUCUCCAGAAUCUUCUUAAGUCUGAAGAGGAUGCAUCGUAUAAACCAGCCAAGAAGGCCUGUGUUCAACUAGUUGACAAUCUGGUAGAACAUAUCCUAAAAUAUGAGGAGUCACUUGCUGAGAACAAAGGUGUGAACUCAACACGGCUAGUAGCGUGCAUCACCACCUUAUACUUGUUCAGCAAAAUCAGGGCCCAGCUGAUGGUCAAACAUGCCAUGACCAUGCAACCCUACCUGACCACAAAGUGUAAUACUGCCAAUGACUUUAUGGUCAUCUGCAAUGUGGCAAAGAUCUUGGAACUGGUGGUCCCACUGAUGGAGCACCCCAGUGAAACUUUCCUUGCCACCAUUGAAGAAGAUCUAAUGAAGCUGAUUAUCAAAUAUGGCAUGACUGUGGUGCAGCACUGUGUGAGCUGCCUUGGAGCUGUUGUCAACAAAGUGACACACAACUACAAGUUUGUCUGGGCAUGCUUUAACAGAUUCUAUGGUGCACUUAACAAACUUAAGAUUCAGCAUCAGGAGGAUCCCAGUAGUCCAACCUUAGUAGCAAACAAGCCUUUCCUGCUGUGGUCCCUCUUCACAGUGGGUGCUCUGGCACGAUACUUUGAUUUCGAUCUGAAAGAAUUCAAAGGCUCAAACAAGGUUGUUAUCAAGGAGAAAGUUCUGGAGCUGCUGCUGUAUUUCACCAAACAUGAUGAUGAGGAGGUCAAGACCAAAGCUAUCAUUGGCCUAGGCUUCCUUGUGAUCAUGCAUCCCAGCCAGAUGUUUAUGCCUGAAGUGAAGACUUUGUACAGUGGUAUUCUGGUUGACAGCUCCUCAUCAAUCAACCUCAAAAUCCAAAUCCUCAAAAACCUCCAGACGUACCUUCAAGAGGAAGACACACGGAUGCAGGAAGCGGACAGAGAAUGGAAGAAACUGUCAAAACAAGAGGAUCUUAAGGAGAUGGGAGACAUUUCAUCAGGGAUGAGCAGCUCCAUAAUGCAGCUUUAUUUAAAACAGGUUCUGGAAGCGUUCUUUCACACACAGUCCAGUGUACGGCACUUUGCUCUUAACGUCAUAGCUCUCACGCUCAACCAGGGUCUCAUCCAUCCUGUACAGUGUGUUCCCUACCUCAUUGCAAUGGGAACAGACCCAGAGCCAACUAUGAGGAACAAAGCUGACCAGCAGCUAGUGGAGAUUGACAAGAAGUACACAGGGUUCAUCCAUAUGAAGGCAGUCGCUGGGAUGAAAAUGUCGUACAACUUACAACAAGCCAUCGACCUGUCUCACAAGACUAUCAUCAGAGGUUUCAGACAAGACGAGACCCACUCUGCACUCUGCGCCCACCUCUUCACUAUGAUACGGGGAAACAGGCAGCAUCGCAGAGCUUUCCUCAUUUCACUGCUGAACAUCUUUGAUGACAGUGCUAAAACGGAGGUGAAUAUGCUGCUGUUUAUAGCAGACAAUUUGGCUUGUUUCCCGUACCAGAGCCAGGAGGAGCCUCUCUUCAUCAUGCACCACAUUGACAUCAGCCUGUCAGUUUCUGGUAGCAACCUGUUGCAAACCUUUAGAGAGCUUUUGUUAAAAGAGCCGAGGAAAAAGGAGAAGAAGGUAAAGAGGGAGUGGAAGAGCACAUCAGACGGGGAGGACGAGGAGGAGAAGUUGAACUGUGACUCCCCCAGAAGCAGUGAUGAAGAACACCGCAACAGAGGGGAAGAUGGAGAGAAUGAUGAAAAUGUGGUACGGAGACCAAAAAAUUCCAAGAAACCUAUCGACAGUUCAGAGUCGGAAUCUGAUCUGGAUGAUCUGAAUGUUGAUGAUGCGGAAAAAGUGAUGAGGCUCCUACCAGAAAAUCCUACAGGUCUCUUGGACUUUGCUAAUGCUGUGCAGGGCAUUCUGUUGUUGCUGGUGCUGAAGCAGCACCUCAAAAACCAGUAUGGAUUCUCAGACAGUAAAAUUCAGAAGUACUCGCCAACAGAGUCAGCCAAAGUGUACGAUAAAGCAGUGAACAGAAAAAGCAACGUUCUCUUCCACCCAAGACAAACCAUCGACUUCAUCUGCAACAACAUGAGCAACGCCACAUUGACAGAGGAUAUCAAGAAGCGGAUAGUCAGACAGUAUCUGGAUUUUAAGGUUCUGAUGGAACAUCUUGACCCAGACGAGGAGGAUGAGGAAGGCGAAGCGUCUGCCAGCGCAAACAUCAGAAACAAAGCCAUAAAUGCCCUACUGGGAGGAUUCGGCCCCAUGUCAGGUCCCAGUCCCCGCAAUCAAGCAGGACCAGAGACAGACGAUGAUGACAGCGAUGGAGAUGAUAGAACUCCAGGGUCUUCUCGAAAGUCAAGGCGAGCUGGCGACUCCUCGGAUCCCGGUCAUAUGAGUGAAACGGUAGACUCCAUGGACAUAAUUGCUCUUUGUUGCCCUAAAUAUAAGGACCGGCCACAAAUAGCUCGGGUCAUCAACAAGACUCCCAAUGGUUAUAGCAUCCACUGGAUGGCUGGCUCCUACUCAGGACCAUGGGCAGAAGCCAAGAAACGCGAUGGCCGCAAAUUGGUGCCUUGGGUGGACACUAUUAAGGAGUCGGACAUCAUUUACAAGAAGAUUGCCUUGACCAGUAACCACAAACUUAGCAACAAAAUAGUACAGACUUUACGCUCACUGUAUGCAGCGCGGGAAGGAGGGGCUAGCUAAUGGCUCCGGAGUUUCUUUUUUUUUUUUUUUUUUUUUUAAGUCCUGUCCCAAUUUCUAUUUUAUCAGAAUCAUCCUUUUCCCUUGCUCCUACUCCUCCCUCUCAACCUUCCACAUCCAACGACAGCCAAACUUCACUGGAUUCCCACUCUCUGCUCCUUCCUCAUUUUUUUAAGAAAAGAGAGCAAGAAUGUUUGACACUACAUACUUUUACACGAGUUAUUCUUGCAAGAAGGACACAAAACAUAAGACUUAUUAUAUAUUAGAGGGACUGCUCAUGUUUUGUUUGUGUAUAAGUUCAGAGGAUAUAAUCCAGGAGGUAUUAAAGGAAUAAUUCACCCUAAUUAUCCCUUAAAAGGCUAUCAGAAAGGAGACCUGGAGAGAAAUGUUUUGUCAACAUUGUUGUGGGAGCUCCUUCGCUGUUGUGCAGCAGAUUCUAGUCGCUCAUUUCUACUCCCACUGUAUAAUAGUUUAACACAACAAAAAACUAAAAUGUUUAUAUCUCUCAAGACAAAAAAGCUGUAAAAAAAAAAAAAAGAAUAAAACCUUAAGUGAAUG